UUGGAGACUUUUGUGGGGGAUCGGACGGAUGUCGAUAGUGCUUGGAGAGAUCGGAGGGACGAGGUUGGUCGGAGUUAUCGGGUGCUUCCUGGCCUGCACGGCGCCGGAGAUCACCGGAGCAUCGCCGGAAGUGAAGGGGUGCUUGCCCGUGGAAGUGGAUGAACAUUGUAUCUCGUCCAUCGGGAGCAACAGUGUGGAAGCCUCGUCGUCGAUCGGGAGUAACACUAGUAAUAGUGUCGAUUUGGAAUCGGAUGGCGAGGGCUCGCAGGAGGCGGAGAGUCGGCUGAAAGGACCGCUGGAGACGAUGGACGCUUUGGAGGAGGCGCUUCCGUUCAGGCAAGGCAUAUCUAGGUUCCUUAGCGGCAAAUCAAAGAAGCCAACCAAUUCUAACCACAGCACGUCAUCUGUCAACAACUAUGCAAGCAGUUCAGGAAGCAACAGUAGCAACAGCGAAGGCAAGCAGUAGUCAUGUCAGCUGCCAAUUCCCUGUCACCCUACUGGCUCUCUCAACGAUACCUCUCCAAUUAGUCCUUUACUGGAAACAUUAACAUCGUCUGCAAAAUCGUUCUCAAGGACCAAUCUCCCAGCUUGUUCUAGCCCAAUCCUUGGUAGAAAAAUCAUUCAUGAUCUCUUGGUUACUACUAUCCAUAUUCUUUUUAUUUCAUGGGAUGUGUGGCAUAAAGCUUGAGAUAUAUAGAGUUUAUAAUUCUUCAUAGAUCCGUGUUCUUUGACUUCUUUCAGAUAUGCCAGUUCUCAGAGAAUCAACUCAUGUAAAGCAUUCAUUCAGAUCAGUGUUGGGCAUUGUUGUCCUUGUAAUGUCAAAUGUAAUGUUCCCACAUAUUUCACAGUAAACUCAAACCUGUGUGAGCAAAUGUGAUUGAUAUAAAGAGAUGAUUGCUAUCUGAAUUUUUUCCUUGUAAUGUCAAAU